AUGUCUGCCGACACUGCUCAAAUCACCGAGUCUUUGGACAAGUUGAACAUCGACAACCAAGCUGCUGCUCCAGAUGCUGCUCCAUCUGAAUCUACCCCAGCUUCCUCUGAGACUGAAGACUCUCAGGGAGAAUCCGUUGCUGUCACCUCUGCAUCUUUGUAUGUUGGUGAGUUGAACCCAUCGGUUAACGAAGCCGUUUUGUACGAGAUUUUCUCUCCUUUGGGCCAGGUUUCUUCCAUUAGAGUUUGUCGUGACGCCGUCACCAAGAAGUCUUUGGGUUACGCCUACGUCAACUACCACAAGCAUGAGGAUGGUGAACGUGCCUUGGAACAGUUGAACUACUCUUUGAUCGAUGGUAGACCAUGCCGUAUCAUGUGGUCUCAAAGAGACCCAUCUCUCAGAAGAAAUGGUGACGGAAACAUUUUCAUCAAGAACUUGCACCCAGACAUUGACAACAAGGCUUUGCACGACACUUUCUCUGCUUUCGGCCGCAUUUUGUCCUGUAAGGUUGCCACUGAUGAACACGGACGUUCUAAGUGCUUUGGUUUCGUGCACUACGAGACUGCCGAAGCUGCUGAUGCUGCUAUUGAGAAUGUGAACGGUAUGUCCUUGAACGACCGUGAAGUUUUCGUUGGCAAGCACAUUUCCAAGAAGGACCGCGUGGCCAAGUUUGAGGAAAUGAAGGCUAACUUUACCAACGUUUUUGUCAAGAACUUUGGUUCUGACUUCACUGAGGCUGAGUUGGCUGCCAUGUUUGAGCCAUACGGAAAGAUUACUUCUCUUUACUUCGAAAAGGACAGUGAAGGCAAGUCCAAGGGCUUUGGUUUCAUCAACUUUGAGAACCACGAUGCUGCCGUUAAAGCUGUCGAGGAAUUGAACGACAAGGAGGUCAACGGUCAAAAAAUCUACGUCGGUAGAGCUCAGAAGAAGAGAGAGAGAAUCGAGGAAUUGAAGAAGCAAUACGAGACCACCAGAUUGGAGAAGUUAUCUAAGUACCAAGGCGUUAACUUGUUCGUCAAGAACUUGGAUGACUCUCUUACCUCUGAAAUGUUGGAGGAGGAGUUCAAGCCAUUCGGUACCAUCACUUCUGCUAAGGUUAUGGUGGACGAGACUGGAAAGUCUAAGGGCUUUGGUUUCGUUUGUUUCUCUGCCCCUGAGGAAGCCACUAAGGCCAUUACCGAAAUGAACCAGCGUAUGGUUUUGGGUAAGCCUUUGUAUGUUGCUUUGGCUCAACGUAAGGAUGUCAGACGCUCUCAAUUGGAACAGCAAAUUCAAGCUAGAAACCAAAUGAGAAUGCAAAACGCUGCCGCUGCUGGUAUUCCAGGUCAGUUCAUGCCUCCAAUGUUCUACGGUCAACAACCAGGUUUCUUCCCAGGUAACGGUAGAAACAAUGGUCCUUUCCCAGGUCCUAACCCUCAAAUGAUGAUGCCAAGAGGUCAAAUGCCACCACCACAAGGUCAGUGGCCAAGAGCUGGUCCAAACGGUCAACCAGUUCCAGUUUACGGUAUGCCUCCUGUCUACAACGACUUCAACGGUCCAAACGGCCGUCAACAAAGAGGUUACUUCCCUAACAACCGUAACCAGAAGGGCGGCCGUAGGGACUUGGCUGCCAUCAUUGCUUCUGCUCCACCAGACCAGCAAAAGAGAAUCUUGGGUGAAGAAUUGUACCCUAAGAUUGUCUCUACUGGUAAGGCUCAAGAGCCAGAGGCUGCUGGUAAGAUCACCGGUAUGAUGUUGGACUUGGACAACCAAGAGAUCUUGGCUUUGUUGGAAGACGAUGAGUUGUUCAACAACCACUUUGAGGAUGCUUUGACUGCUUACGAAGAAUACAAGAAGUCUUCCGAGGAACAGGCUCAAGCCUAA